AUUUUAAAGCAUUUAAUGAAUUAGGCAUGACAUAUUCUUAGAUCCUUAAUUUUACGAUAUUAAAUUUCAACCUGUAACAUUAUUAUUUGUAUCAUAUAUUAAUUAACAUUAACAUGAUGCUUAAAAUUCACGUUUAAUUCAGUUUCGAUAGAAAAUCUUUCAGCUCAUAAUUGCAAUUCUGAAGUGGUUUUUGACCUAAUAAUUGGAAAGAAAACGAAUUUUAAAGGAAGAAAUCGUGGAUCUAAAACAAGAAACGUAUUUGACUUGUUAUGAAUUGAAUUCAUAGGAGAAAGUAAUCAGGAUACAUGGAUUUAGUUAUCUUACAACUUUGCCUGAGGCUAAACAUGUUUUUUUGACAUUUGGAAAAUGUUGGAAGCUAUUAUAUAUGAAAAAGGUAAAUUGAAGAUUUUGGAUCAGCUUCAACUUCCUCACCAAACAUCAUAUAUUCCUAUUUCUAAUGUCAAAGAUGGAUGGGAUGCAAUUCAUUAUAUGAAGGUCAGAGGUGCACCAGCUAUUGCACUUGUUGGAGCUUUAAGCUUAGCUGUUGAAUUGCAAGAAAAAUCUUUUGUAAAUAAGGAUCAACUCCAUGAACUUAUAAUUAAACAACUUGAAUAUUUAGUUACAGCUAGACCAACUGCUGUUAAUAUGAAAAAUGCAGCAAAAUAUUUAUGUAAUUUAUCAGAAACAUAUCUUCAACAGAAUACAAUUGAUAUUGAUACUAUGAAGAAUAAAAUAAUUAAUGAAAUAGAAAAUAUGUUAAAUGAAGAUGUAAAAGUAAAUAAAUUAAUUGGAGAUAAUGGAGCAAAUCAUAUAUUGAAGUAUUGCUGUAGUGAUCCAUUAUUUAUUUUGACUCAUUGUAAUACAGGAAGUUUAGCUACUGCAGGUUAUGGUACAGCUUUAGGUAAAUAUAAAAAUUGUGCAUAGUGAUGUUACAUUGUAUGUCACAAAAAUACAUAAAUUUUAAUACUAAUAAUUUUCAUUUAAAUUUGACUCUGUCUGUAAUUUUUAAAUUAACUAAAUAAAAUUAUUUGUUCUGUUAUGAAACAUUACUAUUCUACAAUAAUAAACAACAAUCCCAUCACUAUCUAUAUGUGUAAAGUUGAAUUUAUAUCUAUCUGUUGUCUGUCUUUCUGUUCUAGUAUCAUGAAACAUUCAGAAUAUUCCUAGGAAUUAUAUAGGCUACUUUUCAUUUCAAAAAGCAUUCAAUUUAUAAGCUUUGAUAGAAUUAUGAUAUUGUUUGCAAGAGUAAUAGUUUAUAUCUGGUUCUUAUCAUAUCUUCCAUAUGAAUAGGAAGUUUUACACAGAGGCAGUGGGUAUAAAGUGAACCAUGAAAUUUAAAUAGUAAAUAAGCUAAUGUGAUUAUUAAUGGGCAAAAGUGACACCAGUGAAAGCUGACCUGUUAUUUUAGCAAAAUGUAUGCAGUACUGAAUGUUAUUUUUAUCUGAGUCAGAUUGUCAACAAGUCCCUAGAAUUUCUUUCAAUUUAAAAUUAUUAAUUAAUUAAUGGUCUGAUCUAUUAUAGUAGGACCUCACAAAAUGCAUAUAAUAUAUUUCAAGAUCCUCUCAUAUAAGCAGGAAGUCACAUAAAGUAGCAAAUCCUAUUAUUAUUUUCUGUAGUAACAUGCCUGUCACACAUUUUUUUAAAAUAAAAAUAAGGUAAAUAAACACUACAUUAAUAAUAAUUAGUAUAAUGCUGUAAAUCAUAAAAACAACUUCAAAACAUUUUUGGAAACAGACUUUUUUUUUCACAAAAUCUAAACUUUCAAUUUUUCCUCUAGAAUCAGGCACUUUACAGCUUUUUGUCUGGCUUAUCAGAGCUAUCAGCAUCACUGUCCAUGUGUUUUGGAGUCAUGCUUGCAAAGUAAUUAGCAUAAAUGAAACUAAGAGACCCACUAAUAUCACAUGAAUAUGAUAUGUUGUUAUAGACUGCCAAUCCGAAUUCCGAUGGCGAUAGGUUGUGCUUCUCUGAGCUCCAUUGAGUUUUUCUUCAAUUGUGCCAGAAAUUAUGGAUUUUGGACAAUUUUGUGGAUACCGUUUUGUUCAGCUCCAGGUAGUGGUUUGUUUGGUCUAUUAUUUAUGGUUAUAUCUUAAUUAGGGGGAGGUAAUUAAUUUUUAAUUUUUUAUAUUUUGAUCGGGCCUAGCAGGUGGGGGAUUAAUUUCUCGGAGAUGACACCAGGGAGAUUUAUGUAUUAGGAUGUAGUCUAUCAGCACUGUAAAGGGGGGUAGAAAUUGAUUAGUUAUUGAGUUAUUUCAGUUUUUAGUUUUUAGCAUUACAG